AUGAACCCUGGCUAUGCUGGACGAACUGAACUACCCGAGAACUUGAAAGCUCUUUUCAGGCCAUGUGCAAUGGUUGUGCCAGACUUUGAGCUGAUCUGUGAAAUCAUGUUGGUGGCUGAGGGGUUCAUUGAGGCUCGGUUGUUAGCCAGGAAAUUCAUUACCCUUUACCAAUUAUGCAAAGAGCUCCUGUCCAAACAGGAUCACUACGACUGGGGCCUGCGUGCAAUUAAGUCAGUGCUGGUUGUUGCUGGCUCCCUUAAGAGAGGGGACCCCGACCGUCCUGAAGACCAGGUUCUUAUGCGCUCUCUUCGUGACUUCAACAUCCCUAAGAUUGUGACAGACGACAUGCCAGUGUUUAUGGGACUGAUCGGGGAUCUUUUUCCUGCUUUGGAUGUCCCCAGAAAGCGAGACCUGAGUUUUGAAUCGUUUGUGAAACAGGCUGUGUUAGACCUCAAACUGCAGGCUGAAGACAACUUUGUGCUCAAAGUGGUGCAGCUGGAGGAGUUGCUGGCUGUGCGGCACUCUGUCUUUGUGGUGGGUAAUGCUGGUACUGGCAAAUCUCAGGUACUGAAAUCUCUGAAUAAGACUUACCAGAUAAUGAAACGACGUCCUGUCUGGACAGACCUCAACCCCAAAGCAGUCACCAAUGACGAACUUUUUGGCAUCAUCAACCCAGCCACAAGAGAAUGGAAAGAUGGACUGUUUUCAUCAAUCAUGCGAGAGCUGGCCAAUGUCACACAUGAUGGUCCCAAGUGGAUGGUGCUGGAUGGUGAUAUUGAUCCAAUGUGGAUUGAGUCUCUUAAUACUGUCAUGGAUGAUAAUAAGGUGCUGACACUAGCAAGCAAUGAAAGAAUUCCCCUUAACCCAACCAUGAGGCUGCUCUUUGAGAUCAGUCAUCUAUGCACAGCAACUCCAGCCACUGUAUCCAGAGCAGGCAUUCUGUACAUCAACCCAGCAGACUUGGGCUGGAAUCCCCCCGUGAGCAGCUGGAUCGACCGACGAGAAAUCCAGUCAGAACGAGCUAAUCUGACCAUCUUGUUUGACAAAUACCUGCCGCUUUGCCUGGACACUCUUAGAACUAGAUUUAAGAAGAUUAUUCCAGUUCCCGAACAGAGUAUGGUUCAGAUGUUGUGUUACCUCCUUGAGUGUCUCCUAACUCCGGAGAACACUCCUCCAGACUGCCCCAAGGAACUCUACGAGCUCUACUUUGUGUUUGCUGCUGUCUGGGCCUUUGGUGGAGCAAUGUUCCAGGAUCAGCUUGUAGACUACCGAGUAGAAUUCAGUAAGUGGUGGGUGACUGAGUUCAAGACCAUCAAGUUUCCUUCUCAGGGAACUGUCUUCGACUUUUACAUUGAUCCAGAAACAAAAAAGUUUGAACCUUGGUCCAAACUCAUCCCCAAGUUUGAAUUUGAUCCCGAAAUGCCAUUACAGGCUUGUCUGGUGCCCACCAGUGAAACCAUCCGAGUGCGGUACUUUAUGGAUAGGCUCCUGGAGCGAAGGAGGCCAGUCAUGCUAGUGGGAAAUGCCGGCACUGGGAAAUCUGUGCUCGUCGGAGACAAACUCUCUUCGCUAGAUGCCGACGAGUACAUGGUGAAGAAUGUGCCUUUCAACUACUACACCAGCUCCGCCAUGCUGCAAGCUGUACUUGAGAAGCCUCUGGAUAAAAAGGCUGGUAGAAAUUAUGGCCCACCUGGCACCAAGAAACUCAUCUACUUCAUUGACGAUAUGAACAUGCCUGAAGUGGACACUUAUGGAACAGUGCAGCCCCACACGCUGAUCAGACAACACAUGGACUAUAGCCACUGGUACGACAGAAACAAACUGUCCCUGAAGGAGAUCAUGAACGUGCAGUACGUGUCAUGUAUGAACCCCACUGCAGGGAGUUUCACCAUCAACCCACGGCUUCAGCGCCACUUCAGUGUGUUUGCUCUCUCCUUCCCUGGAUCGGAAGCUUUGUCCACCAUCUACAGUGUCAUUCUAACUCAGCAUCUGAAACGGGGGAAUUUCUCUGGGCCUGUGCAGAAAUCGUCUCAGCAGCUGAUACACCUGGCACUGGGCCUGCACCAGAAAGUAGCUGCUACUUUCCUGCCAACGGCUAUCAAAUUCCAUUAUAUUUUCAACCUCAGAGACUUCUCCAAUAUCUUUCAAGGCAUUCUGUUUUCUACCCCGGAGUGUUUGAAGGCUCCCCAAGACUUGGUGAAGCUCUACCUGCAUGAGUCAAACCGGGUGUACCGGGAUAAGAUGAUUGAUGAGACAGAUUUCAGCACAUUUGAUAAAAUGCAGACGGAGAUGGUAAAGAAGUUCUAUGAUGAAAUCGAGGAGACUCUAGAGGAGACCAAGAAGAUGAACAUGUACUGCCAUUUUGCUAGAGGCGUUGGGGAACCCAAAUACAUGCCUGUUCAGACCUGGGAGUCGCUGAAUCACAUCCUUGUGGAAGCCUUGGAUAACCACAAUGAGGUCAAUGCUGCCAUGAAUCUGGUGCUCUUUGAAGAUGCCAUGUGCCAUGUUUGCCGCAUCAACCGUAUCUUAGAAUCCCCCAGAGGAAAUGCCCUAUUGGUUGGUGUAGGUGGAAGCGGCAAGCAGAGCCUGACAAGACUUGCAGCUUUCAUUAGCUCACUGGAGGUUUUCCAGAUCACUCUGAGGAAAGGCUAUGGAAUCCCUGACCUGAAGGCAGACUUGGCAAACCAGUAUAUUAAAACUGGAGUGAAGAAUGUUGGCACUGUAUUCCUUAUGACUGAUGCCCAGGUGGCUGAUGAAAGGUUCUUAGUGCUGGUAAAUGACUUGUUAGCUUCAGGUGAAAUUCCUGAUCUUUUCCCUGAUGAUGAAGUUGAAAACAUCAUCAGCAGCGUGAGAAACGAAGUCAAAAGCCAAGGACUGGUGGACACCAGGGAAACCUGCUGGAAAUUCUUCAUAGACCGUGUUCGACGACAGCUAAAGGUUGCUCUUUGUUUCUCACCCGUUGGUAACAAGCUGAGAGUUCGCAGCAGGAAAUUCCCAGCUGUGGUGAACUGCACAGCGAUAGACUGGUUCCACGAGUGGCCUCAAGAGGCAUUGGAGUCUGUCAGCCUGCGCUUCCUGCAAGAAACUGAGAACAUUGAGCUUUCAGUGAAAGACUCAAUAAGCAAGUUUAUGGCUUAUGUCCAUACAAGUGUCAAUGAGAUGUCCCGGUCUUAUCUGAACAAUGAACGUCGCUAUAACUACACCACACCCAAGUCAUUCCUCGAGCAAAUCAAACUCUACCAAAAUUUGUUAUUUAAAAAGGGCAAGGAGUUGACAGCAAAAAUGGAGCGACUGGAGAAUGGCCUGCAGAAACUCAACAGCACAUCUGCACAGGUAGAUGGCCUGAAGGCCAAGCUGGCAGCCCAGGAAGUAGAGCUGAAGCAGAAGAAUGAAGAUGCUGACAAGCUGAUUCAGGUGGUUGGUGUGGAGACGGAGAAGGUGAGCACGGAGAAAGCCAUCGCUGAUGAGGAGGAGCAGAAGGUGGCGCUGAUAACUCAGGAGGUCAAGCAGAAGCAAAAGGACUGCGAGGAAGACCUGGCUAAAGCUGAACCAGCCCUUGCCGCUGCCCAGGCGGCUCUUAACACACUCAAUAAGAACAAUCUGACAGAACUGAAGUCAUUUGGAUCGCCGCCUUCUGCUGUCAGCAAUGUCACUGCCGCUGUGAUGGUGCUCAUGGCUCCAGGUGGAAAGGUUCCCAAGGACAGAAGCUGGAAAGCAGCUAAGGUUUCCAUGGCCAGAGUAGAUGGUUUCCUGGACUCCUUAAUCCACUUUGACAAGGAGAAUAUCCACGAGAACUGUCUCAAAGCUAUUCAGCCAUACUUACAGGAUCCAGAAUUUAACCCCGAGUUUGUGACCUCCAAGUCCUAUGCAGCUGCUGGUCUCUGUUCUUGGGUCAUAAAUAUUGUGAGGUUCUACGAGGUGUACUGUGAUGUGGAGCCCAAGCGGCAGGCUCUGAACAAAGCCAAUGCAGAACUGGCUGCUGCUCAGGAGAAGCUGGCUAACAUCAAAGCCAAAAUUGCUCACCUUAAUGAAAACCUAGCAAAACUCACAGCCAAAUUUGAGAGGGCUACUUCAGACAAACUGAAAUGUCAGCAAGAAGCUGAAGCUACGGCAUGCACCAUCUCACUUGCAAAUCGACUGGUUGGGGGACUUGCCUCUGAAAACGUGAGAUGGGCAGAGGCUGUGAAAGACUUCAAAGAGCAGGAGAGCACAUUGUGUGGAGAUGUCUUACUAAUCACAGCCUUCGUCUCUUACCUGGGUUACUUUACAAAGAAAUACAGACAAGACCUGAUGGAUGGAGUCUGGAGGCCAUACUUGCGCCAACUAAAAGUAAGCACUGACUACUUAGGAUAACCA